AUGGCAGACAUCCGUCCUGUGAGCGGUGUAUCAGGUGUAAUAUCACUUGUGAAUACACCCAGAACAGCCGAGACAGGCGCAUGGACCGGCAGGAAGAAAAACGGUGGGCAGCCUUCCGUCUCCAGCAAACAAGACUUUGAGCGCCAGUUCCCCCCACCAUUGCAUGCGAAUACUGACAUUUCAACAAGAGCACAUCUCGCAUUAGCUAAUCGAGUCCGAGAGUUGGAAUCCCAAUUGGCUCUAGUGAAGCAGACCCAAGCACAGGACGCCAUCUCGCCCAGCAGUCAUGGCGGCAGCGCGUCUUCCCCGGCCCAUGCCAAUACUGGCGGUUUGAACUCUGAGGGUGCAGUUGAGUCAAGUGCCGAUGCGAUAGCAACCGGCCUCUUUGAUGACCAACCCGGGAAUGCCGACAUAGGCUACUUUGGCGCCAGCUCAAAUCAUGCCUUCUUUUGGUCUCUCACAUCGUCCUUGGAGGAGCUGAACAAGAAGAAGCCGGGGCGCCAGAAUCUUCCUUUCCGACAGGUCGGCGCAAAUGAUGGGCCAAGACGGCUUCCCUUGCCGCCGCUUAAAGUGGUGACGGCAGAGCGGCAACCGUUACCCCAAGAAGACUCAUUUCCUGGACGAAAACUAGCUAUUGACUGGGUAAAUAGAUUUUUCGACAUGGUGGCGCCCGUUCUCCCCUUUGUCAACAAGUUCAUGCUGGUUCGAGAGAUUGACCUUAUAGACUCUCGGACCGGCACUUGGCAAUCGUGCCCUUCUAAUACCCAGGCCCUGAUGAGCAUCGUCUUUGCCCAUUCAUUGGCCAUAUCCGAAGAUGGAGCGGCGGAGCCAUUUUACCGCCGGGCCUUGGGCCUGUUGGAUGAGAAAGGGCUCUAUCUGCCGACUAUUGAAGCCCUCCAAGCGCUGCUACUCCUGGCAAACUUUCAACAGAACAGUCAACGAGCACAAGAGAGCAUCACGACUCAUUUUCGUGCUGUCAAAGCUGCAUAUCAGCUUGGUGUCCACUCGCCAUCCUCGUACAGUCGAUUCGGAAACAAGGACAAUGAGCUGCGAUCCUUGCUUUGGUUUGCGGUUAUAAAUGAGGACCGAAUCAUCGGUGCGGGCUUGGGCCGCCCAUUUCUCGUUCCCGCUCAACAUAUUCAGACCAAGCUCAAAGAUCUGAUGAGCCAUGGACACGCCAGACAAGGUGACGAUUCUAAACUUGGAUGGUCGAGUCUAUCUCACUUUCGGCAUGCGGCUGGUAGCAAGUACCAUGAGAUUAUCGGCAACGUAGUUGACGUUAUGCACAACUCAAAUAUUACGUCGACCAAUGACCUCACACUGAGUGAGCUUGUGCCCCAUGUCAUGGAAUCGCUACGGAAGCUGGAAACGCUUGGAAAAGAUGCAGCACCUUACACAGUACUCGUAUCGAACGCGACUGUUGAUUCAUGGCUGGCCACGGACCUCGAGGAACACAGGUAUACAAUACUGAGCUCCUUGUAUCACUACCGCGUCACCAUGCUGGUCAAUGCCCCGCUGCUAUUGGCGGUAUUGUGGCAUGUCUCGACUGCUGCAGACACAGGCGACUCGGAUCUCCACGUCAAUAUUGCCAUGUCCAUCCUGCAAGCGUAUUUGCAGACCAUCAACAACUUUCACAACCUGCUUUGCACCAUCUUGAGGAUCCAGCGGUCAUUUUUGAGGCAGAAUGCCGCGUGGUGGCUGUGCAAUUACAUGAUGGUGUCGAUAAAUCUUCAUUUAUUUGGGUUGUGGCUGAUAUCGUCGAAUAAACCGGACAUAUUGCCGCCACUGGGGAAGACGAGCCUCGAAAUCGAAAGCCUGAUGCGGCGAACUUUGGAUACGCUGCGAUUGGUAGGCGGGACCAGCAUCAUGAGCAGGAAGGCUCACCGCUGUCUGCAGCAAUACCUCGACUCCUUCACCAAAGAUGUCGAAGUGCAGAACCAGAUUGGCAUGGAGCCUCCUGUGCCGACGGAGGCGACUAGGCCGUGGCCAUAUGGUCUUUCCUCUGGCGGCAUGGCAUGGGAUGGCAACAUGGACGACCUCAUGGCGGGCUUGAGGGCGGAAGACUUUCUUGGGGAUGACAUUUUUGCCAUGAGUUACAAUAUUAGUGACUUUGACGCCACGGGAUUUAUAUAA